AUGAAGCGGUUGAAUUUUCCAAAAGUAUUUCACGACCCAAAAAGUCAAUCGGGUAGUGCCCCUUUUAAACGAGUACUAAUAAGGACACAAAAGCCAUUCCCAACCAUCACACCACCUGAACAACAACAAAAAAUUAUAUUAACAUUAAGCCGAGUGUCCAAUCCUCUCUACCUUCAAACACCAACUCAAGAUGAUGAUGAAAAAAGAAUGAGCAAGGGUGUGGUUACUCAUCCGAUGGAAUUUAAACAAUUGAUGGAAUUACGUCUGUUGUAUGAAAAAUAUGGAAAAAAAGAUUUGAAUAUUUUGGCAUUCCCUUCGACGGAGAAGGAGGUCACUCACGAGCAUACUCCUCCACAAUACAAUGUCGAUUCCAUUUUGCGUCAACCCAAAGAGGCUCAAGAGGAUAUUAAGCAAGUGAUUCAUGAUACGUUCAAGGUCAUGUCACCAAUUCAUUUGAACACUAUUAAUGAACAUGAAGUGUUUGCUUUCUUGAAAGAAAAAGCUGAGGAAUUGGAAAAGAAAAUUGCAAGACAUCCCGAACAAUUUGAAGGAGAGGAUGUUUCUGUCAUUCAAAUGUUUACCAAGUUUUUAGUGAAUAGAAAAGGUCAAGUGGUGGCAAGAUUUGGAAGAGAUGUUGAGCCAGAUCAAAUGAAUGUUUGGAUUGAACAAUUGCUUGCUGAAAAACCUUAA